AUUUGAUUGGAGAUCUGGCCUGCCCCAUCCAAAACCACGCCUCCACUUUUCAGCGCCUUUCCUCCGCGUUCCACCACUCGCCGCCGCCUCCCCCUCUAUAAAUUCCACGCCCAACCCUAAUCGUUUUCCUCACGCAGGCAUUUCCACAAACACCAUAUCUUCUCUCCCUCUCAUCUCUCACCGCAUAAAUCCAAUUCUAUCUCCUCAAAUUUCCUUCCUUUUAUUCCUUAUAUCCUCCAGCAAUUCAAUCUUUCUUAUCCCUAAAUUUUUUGAUUCGUACACUCGCACCCAUGGCCAUAGCUCAACAGGUUGCCCGCCCCACGGUGGAGCCACCGAAGCUAAUCGGCCCCUCCGCCCCGCCGCCGUGCCAAUCCGUGGCCCUCACGCAGGACGAUUUGAAGAAAAUCGCAGCUUACAAGGCUGUGGAGCACGUGAAAUCCGGCAUGGUUGUGGGCCUCGGCACGGGGUCCACGGCCAAGCACGCCGUCGAUCGUAUCGCACAGCUUCUGCGGCAGGGGAAACUCAAGAACAUCGUGGGCGUGCCCACCUCCACGCAGACCCACGAGCAGGCCGUGUCGCUGGGCAUCCCGUUGUCGGAUCUCGAUUCCUACUCCUCCGUCGAUUUAGCCAUUGACGGCGCCGACGAGGUCGAUCCGGAGCUGAAUUUGGUUAAAGGGCGUGGGGGUUCUCUGUUGAGGGAGAAAAUGGUCGAAUCCGUCGCCAAGAAAUUCAUCGUGAUUGUUGAUGAAUCGAAAUUGGUUAAAUAUGUAGGUGGUAGUAGGCUUGCAAUGCCGGUUGAGGUCGUGCAAUUUUGUUGGAACCAUUCGCUCAAGAGGCUCGAGGAAUUGUUCGCAUACGCCGGCUGCGUGGCGCAGCUGCGGAAGGCGGCCGACGGCGGCGGAAAGAAGCCUUAUGUAACUGAUAACAAGAAUUACAUUAUUGAUUUGUAUUUUGACAAGGCAAUUGGGGAUUUGAAUAAGGCUAGUGAUGCAGUUUUGAGGCUUCCCGGCAUCGUUGAUCAUGGGAUGUUUAUUGGAUUAGCCACCUCUGUGAUUGUUGCCGGAGUUGACGGUGUCACCAUCAAGACUAAGAAAGGGAAUGAGACAGAGUUGGAUUACUUUUGUUACAAUGAUUUAAGGAAAGGAUUUUAACGUAGGAUUAUUGUGUUGCUGAAGCAAGCUCUGGUUCUUCAAUUAUUUACUGGAGUUCAUGAUUUGAGGUGCUCCUUUUUCGAUCAAUUCGUAGAGUUGAUUUAUCUUUGGAGUUCUUGAAUUCUAUCUUUAGCUCAAUGGAUGAAAUUUUUGGUAGGAAGUUUAGGAAGCUUAUUUAUUGAACUUGUGUUGAAAAAGUGGGAUUUCUGGUAUUUAUAAUGUUAGAGCUGGUUUCCCUCAAGAGUUCAUAACAAGAAUUGAUGCCAAUUUACACUUUAUGCUAAUAUAUUUUGUGUAAUGGGGAUGAGAGUUUUAGUUGCUCUCCAAUCCAGAUUAUUUAAUAGAUUUGGUUAUUUGGUAAA